AGCCCGCCAGGACCCUGUGAACAGCGGGAGCAAGAAGGGGGCACACAGAGCACUCGCGGACCCAGCCUCCAUUGCAGUCAGAGGCGCUUCCCCUCGGACCCGGACUCUGCCUGUGCGGGCCGAGUUACACACAAGAAAUUGCCGAGACGCGCCGCGCGGUUGGUUUGUAAAAAGCGCCCCGAGAAGCAACAAAGGAGCCGGGAGAGGAAGCCGCCCCCGCGCUCACACAAAGGGGACCCGCCCUUGGACCUCGAAAGAGACCCACCGCCCGUCCUCCCCCACCUCCCUGCCCCUGCGUUUGGGGACCCGGACCCUGCCCGCCCGCGCCGCGCUCCGAGCGAUGGUCAACAUGCAAGUGUGCGCCCUGGAUUGCGAGGCGCUGCGGGGGCUGCUGCAGGACCGCGCUGCCCAGUGCCUGGUGCUGGACUGCCGCUCCUUCUUCUCCUCCAGCUAUGCUGGCCGGGGAACAGGGCAUUUACGCCUCACCAAUGCUAACAAGACUUUCCCCGUUUUCUCUCCCCAUUCGGCCGUGAACACUCUCUGUAGGGAGGCCAGGAACACGCGCAUCUGCUUCCUCAGGGGAGGGUACGAAGCCUUCUCUUCCGCCUGCGCUGAGCUGUGUACCAAGCCAACCGCUCCCACGGGCCUGAGCCUGCCUCUGAGUGCCAACAGCAUGCCUGGCAGUGCGGAUUCCGGCUGCAGCUCCUGUGGAACCCCGCUCUAUGACCAGGGUGGGCCAGUGGAAAUCCUACCAUUUCUCUACUUGGGCAGUGCCUAUCAUGCCUCCAGAAAGGACAUGUUGGAUGCUUUGGGAAUCACCGCCUUAAUCAAUGUCUCAGCAAACUGCCCCAACCAUUUUGAGGGGCAUUACCAGUACAAAAGCAUUCCAGUGGAGGACAACCAUAAGGCUGACAUCAGCUCCUGGUUUAACGAAGCCAUCGACUUCAUAGAUUCUGUUAAAAACGAUGGUGGAAGGGUAUUUGUGCACUGCCAGGCUGGCAUCUCUCGCUCAGCAACCAUCUGCCUUGCUUAUCUCAUGAGGACCAAUCGAGUCAAAUUAGACGAGGCCUUUGAAUUUGUGAAGCAGAGGAGAAGCAUCAUCUCCCCAAAUUUCAGUUUCAUGGGGCAGCUGCUUCAGUUUGAGUCUCAAGUCCUAGCCCCUAACUGCUCCGCAGAGGCUGGAAGCCCUGCCAUGUCUGUAUUGGACAGAGGAACGUCAACCACCACAGUCUUUAACUUCCCAGUCUCUAUCCCUGUACACCCUUCAUCCAGUGCUUUAAGCUAUCUACAGAGUCCCAUCACCACUUCUCCGAGCUGCUGAAGAAUAGAGGAACAUUUAUUCAGAAUACAAAAACUUGACUCUUGUCUAAAAAGUGCAAUAACCAUGGGGACAGUGUCUUCAGUCAUGUGAGUUCGCAUGGGGUUCCAUCCAUCUCAGAGUAACUUAUCACAAGCACAAAGGGGCUGAUGUGACUCCAGAGAGCUAGUUCUUCCUUGAAUUUGCUGGCAUAUUUUUGACCAAUAUCUGGAUGUCUACAAAGGAGACAAAGAACACAGAAUGCUGUUUUCUUCUUCUGAAUUACUCCUCCUUUGUCAGGUUGAAAAGACUAGUCCUUGUUCAGUAGCAUACCCACCAGUAUUCCCAUUUCUGGACAUUCUAAGCAACAGAGAUUAUGUUCCAUUUUAUAUAAAAGUCCUGUUUAUUUAUUUUAUGUAGAAGCAUUGUUCUUGCCUUUACAAGCCUGAAGUUUCAUUUCUAAAGAAACCAAAUACCUCAGUAUUUUUUGGGUACUGUAAUCCUGUAAACACAUCUUAAACUGUUCCCACUUCCUAAGCACUGACAUGAAAGCACCAGAUGAGUGCUUUUUUAGUUUCCAAGGGUUGUAUGUUUGCUGAUUUAUUUAUGAUGUGAAAUAAUAUAUUUCUUCUUAUGAAAGAAGACAUGGUUUUGUUACAUGAUUAUGACUUUUUAUACAAAUAGAAUAAAUUAUGAUUUUUCUAAUGAAA